AUGCCUCCGGACAGCUCCUCUUUCAAGUACUUCAACGCGCCUGCAAACGUUGAAGUCCCUCCCUGGCUUGGUAACUUCACUCUUAAAGCACGAUCCGGUACGGACCUCUGGCGUAAACCCUCCCGAGACACUUUCACCGCCCCUGUCCUCUACACCCGUUCCCCCGCCCACUUCUUUCGUGCUGAAGUAACGGUUCAUCUUCGUCUCACUUCCGCCUUUGAAUGGGACCAAGGCGGGCUCGUAAUCUUCGCUGGCCCCACACCUACUACUACAUCCGCGUCUGCAGCUCCUAAUAGCGGACCCCCGCCAGCUGGUAAGUGGGUCAAGGCAGGGAUUGAAUACUACGAUAACCGUACAACGGCAUCGUCUGUAUCUGCAUCCUCAGAUGGCGCGGAUUGGUCACUAGUAGAGUUACCAGAAGGUGUGAACGAGUUGAAGGUUAGGUUCGAGAAGGUCGACCAGGCGCUGUGGGUGUGGUUUGAUGAUGGUUUGGAGUGGAAGAAGUUAAGGGAGGUGACGUGGUUCUUCUGGGGGGUGGACGAAAAGAGCAUCAGGGUGGGAGUGUAUGCAAGUCGUCCAGCAAAUUUUGUGAGUGGUAGGCCAUUGGAGGAGUUGGUAGUUGAGUUUGAGGGAUUGGAGAUCUAUUAG